UAAACUUGUUGCCAUAAAUGUCCUUGUGUCUCCCCGGAAACUAUUUCAAUAUAUUUUACUUGGUCUUGGCCGGGAUGAUGAGUCUCUUAUCACGUCGGUAGAUUUGUUUCCGGACUGUUUUACCUUUGAAAAACUUUGAACCAAGUUAGUUGAGAAGAAGCAGAGUAUUCAGUACAUACGCUCUCAAGAGGAGUCUAAUCCCGCACAAGCCUUUGCGGGUCAUUUCCAGCAGCCCGCACAGUCGUAGCCAGCCGGCGGUCAGCAGCAGCAGGGUUCCGGACAGCAGCACCCACAGGGUCCCGGACAACAGCAGCCGUUUGGUGGGCAGGCACCUCGUGGACGCGGUCAGCGGGGUGGCCGCGGAGGCCGUGGUCAGCGCGGACGCGGUGGAUGUGGUCAGCGGGGCCGCAGUUAUGGUCAGUAUCAGCCUGGUCAUGCUUAUGCUCCACACUUUGGAUAUGGUUAUCCUCCACCGGGCUACUUUCCAGGGGGUGCACCGCAUGCUCGCAUUCUUGGGGCUCCAGGUUCAGCGGGUAUGUCUGUUCAGUCAAAUUUUUAUACUUAUGCCUUAUCUACUUUUUCUACUAACCAUGGCUAUGCAGGCUCUUCCUCAGUAGAGGGAAACUCAGUCCCUCCUUCGGUAGUUUGUCAAAUUUGCUAUGCUCCAGGUCAUCCAGCCUCCACCUGUCCCUCUCGUUUUGUUCAGCCGGCUGCUCCUGCCCUUGCUACUCAGGCUCCUGAUGCUUCUGAUUUGGUUUGGUAUCCUGAUUCAGGUGCCUCAGCACACAUGACUCCUCAUUCAGGUUUUAACAACGGGGGUGGUCCUUCUUCGAGC